AUGUCACGGAUUUUGGUCGCGUUUCUCUUGGUGGGAUUUACCUGCUCCCUGGCGGAUCCCAUUCCCCGGAACGAUGAGGUGGAGGUGCCCCGGCUGGAUGGACGCAUUGUCGGCGGACAGGAUACGAACAUCACCUACUAUCCGCACCAGAUCUCGAUGAGGUACAGGGGAAACCACCGAUGUGGUGGCACCGUUUUCACACCGAACAUCAUCAUCAGUGCGGCGCAUUGUGUUAACACGUUGUCGGGGCCGGAGAAUCUGACAAUCGUGGCCGGAUCCUCGCACAUCUGGUUCCCAACGGAACCGCAACAGGAGUUGGCUGUUCGGCAGUUCAUCAUUCACCCCAAUUACCGCACCCUCAACAAUGACUACGAUGCGGCCAUUCUGAUUCUGGAUGGAGAGUUCCAGUUUAACGACGCCGUAAAACCAAUUGAAUUGGCCAAGGAGCGACCGGAACACGAUACCCAGGUUACGGUGACCGGUUGGGGAACCACCAGCGAGGGAGGCACCAUCUCGGACGUCCUGCAGGAGGUCCAUGUGAACGUGGUGGAGAACACCCAGUGCAAGAGUGCCUACUCCAUCAUGCUGACCAGUCGGAUGCUCUGUGCCGGAGUGACCGGCGGUGGCAAGGACGCCUGCCAGGGAGAUUCCGGCGGUCCACUGAUCUACAACAACACCCUCCUGGGCAUCGUGUCCUGGGGAACGGGAUGUGCCCGGGAGAAGUACCCCGGAGUCUACGCCUCCGUUCCCAAUCUCUAUGAAUGGAUAGAGGAGACUGUCGCCGCCAACGCGGAUGUGGGCAAAAUCGACUUCCUGUAAAAUAAGCUAUUGAAUAUGUCUUCAAUGUAGUUCAUCCAAUUUAAGUUGUAUUCAAUAAGCUACAGGACUGCUUCUACAUUGUCACACCUGAAAUUACAUAAGGAGAUUACCAAAUAACACAAUCGACAACUUGGUA